AUGCGGGAUAGCUUGACCAAGUUCUUUCAAGAGGAUAAUGAGACUUUUUAUGAUGCAUGGGAACACUUCAAGGAUAUUGAGUUAGGUUGCCCUCAUCAUGGACUCACCAAGUGGCUUCUUUGUGAAUCUUUCUACAAUGGGUUGAUUAUUGAUGAUAGAAGGAGAUUGGACAAUGCAUCGGGUGGAAAUUUUCUUAAGAAAGGUCCUAAUGGCGCUUGGGAUACUUGUGAGGAAGUGGCUACCCAAUCCGGUCAAUGGGAUAAUCAUCAAAGGAGAAGAGGAGGUAGAGACGAUCACACAUCUAGAGGCCGAGAUUCACAAGCAUAUGGUACUAGAGGCCGAGUUGAUAUGGAGCCUCGUGGUAGAGGCGUGUACGAUGUUUCUCAUGUUGAUAAAGAUGAUGGAGUUAUGAAUUCCAAGCUUGAGAGGCUUGAAGCAAAGAUUGACAAGAAAUUUGAGAUGCUUCUUCAAGCGCAACAGGGUAGUGGUUCGUCUUCUUCACAUGUCAAGAGUGUUACUUCUUCACAUCUUUGCUUGAUUUGUGAGUCCCCUAAUCAUUCUACUCAUGAUUGUCACUUGGCUUCACAAUUUCCAGAAUUUGUUGAGGAGCAAGUUAGAGCUAUUAAUUCUUAUCAAAGGCCACCACAAAAUGAUCCUUAUUCUACUACAUAUAAUCCGGGUUGGCGUAACCACCCAAAUUUCUCAUGGAGAGAUGGUGGAGGGUCCUCUAAUGCACACCAAGGUGGUUCUCAUUCAUAUGGAGGGAAUCAAGGCCCUAAUUCUUCAUCUUUUGGUCCUCACGGUCAUGGAAACACACAAUUUGGUGGACAAAAUCAUUAUGGGCAGCAAACAUCUAGUUACAAUUCUCAAGGCCAAGGGCCAUCUUUUGGUGCUACACAUGCUUAUGGAGGAGCCCCACAUGAUACUCAAGGGUUUGGUCAAAGUUCCCAUUCAUUUGGAGGUGUUAAUCCUACACAAAAUGCUCCUCCCGGAUUUCAAAAUAGGCAAGCACCACAACCGGAACCAAAGAAGUCUCAUAUGGAUGAUAUAUUGGCCGCUUUAGCCCAGAGUCAUACUUCUCUUACACAAAGCCAAGCGAAGACCGAUCAAACUCUUAAUAUUCUUGCUCAAGGUCACAGUUCUCUUGCACAAUGUGUGGGAAAAUUAGAGGUCCAAAUGGGACAAUUAGCUAAAGAGCUUGGAGCACGUCCACAUGGUGCAUUACCUACACAACCGGAUCAAAAUCCGAGACAUGAGCAAGCUAAGGCUAUUACUACACUUCGAAGUGGGAGAGUUUAUGACAAUAAGGAAAUAAACGGAGUUGCAGAUGCGAGCAAAAUGGUGCGAAAAUGAAGCAACUUGAGAUUUUUGACAAAAAGAGAGUUAGUAGAUAUUUUGAUUAAACAAUUAAGCUUAAUUGCUUAAUUGUUUAAUUAGCAAAAACGUGCUGCAACUAUUGUCAAUUAAACAAUGUUUAAUUGACCAGACUCACACUCAAGCCACAUGACCUGAUCAUCUUCCAAUUUUUAUUUAAGUUAAAUUCUUUUAUUUUCUCUCUUUAGCCUCUCCCAUGCUGCCACCUCACCCAUUGUUUUUUUUAUCCUUUCCUAUCUCUCACCACACCACCAGGCCACAUGAUUGAUUGGCAGAUAUAUAUAUCACCUAUCCCAUCCAUUCGAGAGGGAGAGACCUACAGCGGCUGCACACCAAAAUCCCAUUCUCUCUCUUAGACAACAAUAGCCGCAGACCCAGAUUUUCCUUUACCUUUCCUCUAACACCGAACCACCCACCUCCAACCCAUUUUCUAUAUUUUCUUCACUAUUCCACCACAAAACUUCAUCAAUUCCACAAGAUUCAAAGAGGAGCCCAAGCAUCAAGAGCUUCCUAAACAUCAAAUUUGGAUAAAAGUGGGAGCCAUAAAUCAAGGCUAGCCAUAAUUGCUCUAUAGCAAUUUGUGGCUUGUUCUUGUUACUCUCUACUUCUC